AUGGCCAAAGACAAAAAAGGCAAAAGCGAGUCCAAAAAGGCCAAACUCGCCGAAAAGAAACAAAAAGCCUCCCAAAAAGCCGAAAAAAAAGCCAAAGCCAAAGCCUCCAAGCAGCUCGACGGCAGCGACGCCGAAGACGUCGACCUCGACGCCGUCCUGGAAGAAUACCGCAAAGAACAAGAAAAAUUCCUCAAAAUCACCGAAACCGUCAUCUCCACGCCCCCCCGUGCCCGUUCCGCAGCCACUUUCCUCGCCAACCCAGCCAACACCAACCAACUCCUCCUCUUCGGCGGCGAGUACUUCAACGGCUCCCUCGCCACCUUCUUCAACGAUUUAUUGGUCUACUACAUCGACCGCGACGAAUGGCGCAGCAUCACCUCCCCCAACGCGCCCCUCCCCCGCAGCGGCCACGCCUGGACCCGCGGCGGCAACCAGGCUAAUACCGUCUACCUCUUCGGCGGCGAAUUCUCCUCCCCCAAACAGGGCACCUUCUACCACUACAACGACUUCUGGAAACUGGACGCUACGACCCGGGAAUGGACCCGGCUAGAGCCGAAGGGGAAGACCCCGCCUGCGCGGUCGGGUCACCGCAUGACGUUUUAUAAGAAUUAUGUCGUGCUGUUUGGUGGAUUCCAGGAUACGGCGCAUCAGACGAGGUAUUUGGCGGAUUUGUGGCUGUAUGAUACGGCGAAUUUUGUGUGGCAUAAUCCGGCGUUGCCGCCGGCGCAGUUGAAGCCGGAUGCGCGGUCGUCGUUUACGUUGUUGCCGCAUGAGCAGGGGGCGGUUUUGUAUGGGGGGUAUUCGAGGGUGAAAGCUACGGCUGCUAUCAACAAGCAACAGCAGCAGCAGCAGGGUUCUAAAGGUGGAGGAGGAGGAGGUGGUGGUGGUGGGCAGAGAAAUGUGCUCAAACCGCAGAUUCACACGGAUUGUUUCUUUCUGAGGAUUACGCCACCUGAUGCUUCGGCGCCUGCGGGAGCGCCGCCUACGGUGCGGUGGGAACGGCGCAAGAAGCCGGCUAAUGCGCCGGAUCCGACGAGAGCGGGGGCGACGAUGGCGGCACACCGGGGGAGGGGGAUUUUGUUUGGGGGUGUGCAUGAUGUGGAGGAGAGUGAGGAAGGGAUGGAGAGUGAGUUUUUUAAUGCGCUGUUUGCGUGGAAUGUGGAGAGGAAUCGGUUUUUUCCUUUGGGGUUGAAGAAAACUCGACGAGGAGGUGGGGGGGCAGGUGGGAAAGGCGGUGGUGAACAAGGAGGGGGUAGGGCGGUUGGGGGGAGAAGAGGAAGGGCGAAGGAGAAUGAGGAGGAGUUGUUGCGGCAGUUGGCUGCGUUGCGAGCGGGAGCGGGGAUUGAGGAUGAUGAGGAUGAGGAUGGUAAGGGUGGAGGUGACGAGAUGGAUGUGGAUAGGCGGAAGAAGAAAGAGGAAGAGGAAGAGGAGCGCGAGAGGAAAGCGGUCCGCGAGAUGCCGGUCAGCAUGGAGUUUCCGCACCCGCGGUUCAACGCCUUACUGGCGGUGCAGGACGAUGUGCUGUACAUCUAUGGUGGGACGUUUGAGAAGGGCGACCGCGAGUACACGUUUGAUGAUUUGUAUGCGAUUGACUUGGGGAAGUUGGAUGGCUGCAAAGAGGUGUUUAACCGGCCUGUCGAGGACUGGGUGGAAUCCGAAGACGAAGAUGACGACGACGACGAUGACGAGGAAGAUUAUGAAGACGAGGACGAGGAGGUGGACGAAGAUGGGGACGUGGAGAUGGCAGACGAGAAAGGACAGGGCAAACAGCAACUGUACACGCCGAGCAAGCGCAAGAAGAAGCAGGGCGAUGAUUCCGAAGCGGCACCCGCUACAGCUGCACCGACAGAGGAAGAGGAAGAGGAGACCGAGUCGGCCGCGACAGAGACGGUGGAUGAUGGGCUGCCGCAUCCAAGGCCCUUCGAAUCCCGCCGCGACUUCUUCCAACGCACCUCGGCCGAGUGGCAAGAAAUCUUCAUGACCAACAUGCGCUGGAAGGGCGUGCAGCCCGAGACAUCGCUGUCGGUCAAAGAGAUCAAGGCCGGCGCGUUCGAGCUCAGCGAGGAGAAGUGGUGGGACUGCCGCGAGGAGAUUACCCUGCUGGAGGAGGAGCAGGAAGCCUCGGGUAUUGGGGAGGUGGUUUCGCUUGCGGAUCGUGGGGAGGGUGUCGCUGGUGGUGCUGGGGCUGGUGGUGGAGGUGGAGACAUGCCGCUCAACAUCCUGCGGCUCAAUGCAAAAAAGUCGCAGCCGAAUGACCGCGUCGUCUUCAUCAAGCCGCUUAAGGGACCAGACGAGGCAACGGCCCAGGAUUUCCUGGAGAGGAUCGCCGCGCAAUGUUUGCCCAUCAUGAAAGAGCACAGCCUGUCAGUCACCUCGCUCGAGGAGUACGAGCCCAACCCCGAGUUUGUGGGCCGCAACUUCAACGCCGGCGAGGUCAUCCAGCUGGUGCUCAAGGCCCGGUCCGGCCACUGGCUGCCCUUCAACUACGUACAAAUGGUCAUGAUGCACGAGCUAGCCCACUGCAAGCAAAUGAACCACUCCCGCGCCUUCUGGAAAGUCCGCAACCUCUACGCCGAACAGAUGCGCGGACUAUGGACGCGCGGGUAUACCGGCGAAGGCCUCUGGGGCCGCGGCGCCCUGCUAUCCACGGGUGAAUUCGAGCGGAACACGGUCGGCGCCGACGAGCCGCUGCCCGAGCACCUCUGUGGCGGCACGUAUCGGUCGCGGAGCCGGAAACGCAAGGCGAGCAAUAAAAAGACACUUACCUACCAGGAGCAGAAGCAGCGUCGGAUUUUGAAGAAAUUUGGGGCAAACGGCGUCACGCUCGGUGAUGACCCCAUCACGAAGCGCAAGCUGGAGAAGGGGAAGACUAUCACUGGGAAACCGCGGGUUGCGGGCAGCGCGAGGGGGAGAGAGCUCCGGGCUGCGGCGGCUUUGGCGCGGUUUGACCAGCAGAAGCAGGAAACACAGGAAGGCGAGGAUCUGGAAGAGGGGUCUGAGAGUGAUGGAGACGAAGACGAAGACGAAAACGACACUGAUGUCGGCCCCGUCGCUGUGGAUGCACGCGGCAACAAGUUCCUUGACUCUAAGGGUAGGGACAUGGUCAAAGUGUGUGAGGACGAGAACCCGAACGGCCAGGACGCGCAGGACGAGCUAGCCGAACUGCAGCGGUUUAGUCUGGCGUCUUGGUUGUCGUCUGGCUCGAGCGGCGCAGGUCAACGGAUGAAGGAUGAACCGGGUGCGUCUGCACAGUCGGAGACGAAACCGCCCGACGCAAAACCGAUUCCCUCGGCAUCGAAAAUAUCUAAACCAUUAUUACCCCCGGCUUCUACACCACGCCCAACCCUCGAAACCAAACCGCUACCCCCUUCAAGUAUACCACCAUCCUCGCCACAACCACAACAACAACAACAACCACCCCCCUCCCACGCCUGCCCCCUCUGCACCUUCCUCAACGAACCCACCGCCACCACCUGCGCCAUAUGUUCCAACACCCUAUCUCUACCUGGCGCAAGGGGCGAAGAAACGCUUUCUCUUGAAGGCACUUGGGCGUGCCAAAGCACGAUAUGUGCGGAUGCGAGACAGGGAGCCGCGGCGGCUGGGUACCGGAAUGCGGCGGACUGUGGGGUGUGUGGUGUUUGUGGGGAGAGGAGGGGGGGAGGAGAGGUGUGA